UUUUUCCAUAUCAAGAUGUGCACAGCCACCACAUAUGUUCCUUGUUGUCGUUUGAAUUUCCAACAGAUAAGGAGUUCUAUAAUCUUGGAAGCUGGGAAGGUUAACGAUUAUGAAGUAGUAUAUCCACAAAAAAUCUAUCCAUUGCCCAAAAGCAGAAUUCAGCGGCGUGAGCAAAAGAGGACUUUUUUCCAAAGAUUACACCGAGACUCAUUAUUCUCCUGAUGGCAGAGAAAUUACAACAAGCCCUCCAAUUGAGGAUCACUGCUAUUAUCAUGGACACAUCCAGAAUGAAGCUGACUCAACUGCUGUCAUCAGUGCAUGCAAUGGCUUGAAAGGACAUUUCAAGCAUCAAGGGGAGACAUACCUUAUUGAACCCUUGAAGCUUUCUGACAGUGAAGCACAUGCAGUCUACAAAUCUGAAAAUGUAGAAAAGGAGGAUGAGAGCCCCAAAAUCUGUGGGAUGUUGAGACCUUUGCGAAUUCAUGUAGCACUGAUUGGCACAGAAAUUUGGUCCGACAGAGAUAGGAUUAAUGUGCAGCCAGCGGCGAAUGUCACUUUGGACUUAUUUGCAAGAUGGAGAGAAUCAGAUUUGCUGUCACGCAGAAGGAAUGAUAAUGCUCAGUUACUCACGGACAUUGACCUUAAUGGACUAACUUUAGGAUUAGGUUACGUCGGCACCAUCUGCCAUUCGAAGCAUUCUGCAGCAAUUGUUCAGGAUCAUACCAAAGAAACACGUUUGAUGGCAUCUACAAUGGCCCAUGAAAUGGGUCAUAAUCUGGGCAUUAAUCAUGACACAAAUACCUGUAAUUGCGCUGCUGAGAAAUGCAUUAUGUCUCCAACAAUAAGUGAUGUCCCUCUCUAUGACUUCAGCUCUUGUAGUCUUGAGCAAUGCAAGACUUUUCUAACUUCAAAACUCCCAGAAUGCAUUCUCGACAAACCCUCCAAAACAGAUGUUGAUGCACCUGCAGUUUGUGGAAAUUACUUUGUGGAGGUGGGAGAAGAAUGUGACUGUGGCUCUCCUGAGGUAAUUUUUUUUUAAAUCAACAAGAGUGUU